AAAAAAAAAAACUUUUUUCAUAACUUCCUUAUUUGUUUAUUUGGUUAUAUUUAAUUAAUUUUUAACCGGAAAAACCGGAAAAAUCUGAACUUUACCAAAUAUAUUGAAUAUAAAGUAUUAUACGUAACUUCAUAUUCUUCUCUGGCGGGAUAUUCCUUUUAUAGUUAUCACCGCUUUGUGAAUAUAUUUUUUUUUUUAUCAUUCUUUCUUUUUAUUUCUGUUUGUAUUAAUUGCACCAUGAAUAUGCAUUGCAUUUUAACUAUUACAUAUAAAAAAAAUGUAUAUAAAUAGCUGACCCGAACAACAUUCCUUUUUUCUUAAUUUCACAAAAAAAAAUAAAUAAAUGAAUAUUAAUUUACAAAUUUAUAUUAACACUAUCACACUAUGAGUCAAAAUGACGAUUUUCAACCUUCUCCUUCUGAAUCUUAUGAUUCACAGCAAGAUAAUAUCCCUCUUGUUCAAACUGAUGAUUUUAUACCACAAGAGAACGCUAAUCCACAACAGCAGGACACAAGUCAAUAUGAUCCGAUGCCAAUGGGGCCUCAACAAACAUCACCAACUAACAUUUUAACGACCGACUUUUUUGUAAACUCUCAAAUUCAAACCCAUCCUAAAAAAUUUUUUUAUCACCCAUGUGAUGAUUUUCUCCAUUAUCACAUUGAAUGUGAAAACAUCGAUAACGACCUUAUUUUAAGAUUAUUAAAUCAUCCAUUUUAUAUCACACAAUUAAACGAAAUCGAAAAUCGAUAUGUUUUCUUUUAUAAGCAACUUUACAAUAAUCAAUUUUACCAGAUAACUUGUGAAAUUGUUCCUCCAUCUUUGAUUAAUAAUUGCUUGAACGGACAUUAUUAUGAUAUUCAAAUUGAACGGAGUGUGAGACAAGAACAGUUAACUUUUGCUCCUUAUCAAAAAGAAAACCUCAGAUAUCAUUUAGAGUUAUACUUGCGUAACAAGAUACUUCAUUAAAAAUAUUUAACUAUUGUAAAAUUAUUUAAAAUAAUUAUUAUUAAAUACAAAAUAUUUAAGAUUUAUUAAACAAAUCAAAUGAAUAUACAAAAAAAAAAAUAUAUUUGUAAUCUUAAACUGUAUAAGAUAUUUUAUAGUUUAA